AUGGUGUAUUCUGAUGAUAAUAUAGAGUGUGAGAUCAAGAAGACUGGAGAAAAAGGAAUUUGUCUAAAUUUUAACGAGUGUCGGACUGCUAUAAGGGAUCUACAGUUAAAGAUACAUCCACAGAUUUGUUCUUUCAACGGAACAUCGAAAAUUCCUUCAAUCUGCUGUUUGGGACGAUCUUUAAGUUCACGAUUUAUUCCUGAUGAGCCUCUGGUUCCAGUAGAAAGAACUCGGAAUGAAACUUGUGGCAAGAUAAAUUUUAGGAGGAGAGAGCCCACUGGGAAAAUAGUUGGACAAAAAGCUUGGGAGAAAUGCCUGGAAUAUCAGUCGAAGAUCGAGCUUCCCUGCUACAAAGGAAGAACAGUAUCUUCUCCCUACUGCGGUCAGCAGUUAGGGACUCAGAGAGCUGGUGGCAUCAACGCCGAUGAACAUGAGUUUGGACAUAUGGCUCUCCUGGGCUACGGGAAGAACUUCAGCGAGGCCACGUUUGGUUGCGGCGGCUCCCUCAUCAGCGAGAGCUUCGUGCUCACGGCGGGACACUGCACAGCCACCAGGACACAACAAAACGUAACAUUUGCUGUGUUUGGUGUACUUCAACGACAGGACGUACCAAAAGUAUUGCCUGAAAAUAUUCGACAGUUCAAAAGGAUUGUGAAACAUCCUCAUUUCAAACCACCUUCUGUAUACCAUGAUAUCGCUCUUCUGGAGUUGGAUACACCAAUCCAGCUAAGCUACAAGGUGCGACCAGCGUGUCUCCACGUUGGCAAUGACAUCCAUGAUAUCAGAGCAUACGCCACGGGAUGGGGGGCUCUGGGUCAUAGGGGACCUAACGCUGAUGUUCUUCAGAAAGUACCUCUUUGGAGGGUAAAGAACGAGGUUUGCAAGACCAAAUAUCCACAUCACAGGGUGGCUAUCAGAGGUUAUGAUAACACCACACAGAUGUGCUAUGGAGACGAUGGUAUACCACGAGAUACUUGCAAGGGUGACAGCGGAGGACCUCUUCAAAUAUCAAAUGAAGAUGUAUAUUGUACCUACCUGAUAGUUGGAGUGACUUCUGUGGGGCUCAGCAAUUGUGCGCAAGUCGGGUUCCCGGGUUUGUACACCCGGGUGGCUCAUUAUGUUCCGUGGAUUGAAAGUGUGGUUUGGCCUUAG